UAUGUAGUUCCACAUCCUUAUAUUUAUAGGCACAGGUAGCGUUUCGAGUUUAUUUUGUUUACUCUUCCCUGUACAACGCAGAUAUGUAAUUUAUUAACGUUUGAAUACAUUUUUGAUAGCAUAAAUAUAUUUAACAUGGGUGAAAAAGUAUUGCAAAAUUGGAGCCCUUACGCCAAAGUGUAUGAUCCUCUAAAGGCAGGUAGUAUUGAUGGGACGGACACACAGCCUCAUGACAAAGCUAUCAGCAGAGCCAUGAUGAUGCACUACGAGCCACCGCAUAAUCUGGAAUCUAAGCCAGAAAGAACUAUAUUUGUAGCACGGUUUGGUCCCAAAAUCACAAAUUGUGAUCUGAAAGAGUAUUUUAACAAAUAUGGAGAUGUCGUUUCGGCAAAGGUAAUAGUGGAUGUAGUAACCGGACUCUCUCAAGGAUAUGGUUUUGUGGAAAUGAGAAAUGAAGACGAAGCUAAAAGAGCAGUGAGGCGAAGUAUCGACGGUAUAAUAAAGGGAUAUAAAAUAUUUGUUGACUUUGAAUGUAGUCGUAAAAUGAAGGGAUGGAAGCCGAGGAGACUUGGAGGUGGUUUUGGUGGCAAAAAAGAGUCGGGGCAAUUGAGGUUUGGAGGAUUGGAUAGACCGUUUAAACGACCAAUUGUACCUAAUAUUUUAAAAGAUAAACAGAAAAGAUAAACAAUCUCUAUUUUGACAUUUGUGAUACUAUUUGUGAUACAAUUUCUAUUUGUUUAUUCCUACUUUUUUAUUUAAUAUUCUAAAUGUGUAUUAAAAAAACGACAUUGGUUUUGUCAUUUGGGAA